AAAAUUUCGCAGUGUUCUGAAAAUAUGAACGAAACAAGUUCACGAUUUGAAAGCUUUAUGAGGAAUGGAAAAAACUUGUUAAUUAUUUUUUCGAUUGUUGCUAUCAAUUUUAGGCUAGCUGCAAGCAGUGACGCGCGCAAGCGGCUCGAUAAGUCUUGCGAAAACGGCGUCUGUUUCAGGGAGCAAGACAAAGGACCGUGUAUUCCCAGUGAUGACGAACCGAGGCUGUUCAGAUGGGAUCCUAUCAAGAAAGGUCACGUGAGAGAGCUUGAACUUGAAGAGGGAAAAACAUACAAGAUGAUUACACUCGCAUCUAAGCCUCCUCUAUUUGAAAUACCGGAUUUUCUUAGCGAAAGUGAAGCCAAUCACAUCAUAAGUUUAGCUGAGAAGGUCGGUCUCCGAGGAAGCGACCUUCACCUCGACGAGGAACUCGAGAAAAACAAAGAAUUUGUAAGAGGAAAUGCAAGUGGUUCUCUGGGAAUGUUCUUAAACUGGGACAAAAAUGAAGACGGGCUCAUUACGAGGGAUGAGAUAAUUGAUUUUGCUGCAGACUUCAAAUACCUUUAUCUGAGUCCAACAGAAGUAGAUGACAUGAUAAGCAAGCUAAACAUUUGGGAGUUUGAUGAUGAUCAAGUAACCCCAGUAGAAUUUACCACGCUGCCAACUGCCGCCAUGGACGGGUACAUGAACAAAAUCAAAGAAAAGCAUCCAGCUCACAGGGAUAGGUUUAGUAACCAGGCCUGGUUAAUUCAAGGCAAGCGAGCUGACCCCUUGUUACAAACAUUACGAAAGAGGCUCUCUAAGCUGUUAAGGCUUUCCGAUCAAAUCAUACGAGGAGGCGAACCUUUACAGGUGGUUAAAUAUACAAAAGAUGGACAUUAUAACGCACACUAUGACAGCCAACCCGUGAUGAACCAAUCACACGUGAAAUGCUGUCAUCUGGAACUUUCUUUGCUUCCACAUUGUAGAGUGUGCAGAUAUGCUACGGUGUUGUAUUAUCUGAACGACGUGGAUGAAGGAGGAGAAACUGCAUUUCCCGUGGUAGAUGAGAAAACUUUUGAUAGAAAGACUUACCUCGACACCAUGAAAGUAGACAAGUUCAAUUUGAUGCAAUACUGUCACGAUGGCAACGUUGUUGUAACACCACAACGAGGCAAGGCGGUCAUGUGGUACAAUCAUUUUGUGGAUGAAGAAACAGGAUGGAUGGGAGAGAUGGAUGAGUACUCGCUUCACGGCGGCUGUGGGCUGUGGUCUGGAGUCAAGUGGAUCGCUAACAACUGGAUCACGUCCGCUGACGCUCAGUGGGCUCAUUAUAAAAGUGAUCAUGAUAUCGACGAUAGAUAAAUGAUUGUUUCUUGUCUUUAGUCUUUUUUCAACCUUAGUUUGAUUUGACCCC